CAUCAGUUGUUAUUUAACCGCUAAGCUUUACGGUUGUGUUUUCGGCGGUCCGCGAUCUUUGGAAUGUUGUAAUCGCGUGUUUAUUUCGUUUGGUGAUUGUAUAUAAAUACGUUUGUACAUGCGUGUGUAGCUGAAGUUGCGCAUAAUUGUAAAAAGCAUUGACAUCUAAAAAGGUCAUAAAGCUACAAUAACAAAACGUGCAUUUACUUUCAUUCGUGGAAAAAUCAAUUAUCUGUUACUGCUGCAAUCAUAAGAAUCAAAUCAAGAAACAAAAAUGCCUCUUGUUGGUUCUCUUGGUGUGUGGGACGUUCUGGUGCUGGCGAGCAUUUUAAUCAUUUCGGCUCUGAUUGGACUCUACUAUCGCUACACGGGCGGCAAGCAAAAGACAACGCAGGAGUAUCUGAUGGCUAACCAAAGCAUGACCACAUUUCCGGUAUCCUUUAGCCUGAUGGCCAGCUUCAUGUCCGCCAUCACACUGAUGGGAGUCUCAAAUGAGUCAUAUCAGUUUGGCACACUCUUCGGCGUCAUCAAUAUAUCCUAUGUGCUCAGCACUCCAAUUGCAGCCUACAUAUUUCUACCGGUAUUCUAUAAUAUGCGCACAACUAGUGUCUAUGAGUACCUUGAACGGCGAUUCGGGCAUGCAACGCGUCUGGCUGCCUCGCUAGCUUUUACACUGCAAAUGAUUUUAUACAUGGGCAUUGCUCUUUAUGCUCCCGCAUUGGCGCUGGAGGCUGUCACGGGUAUACCUAAGGGAACCGCUAUACUGGUCCUCGGAUUAGUGUGCUCGUUUUAUUCGACGGUGGGUGGUCUCAAGGCGGUGUUGAUCACAGAUGUCUUUCAGUCGUUUCUGAUGUACGCUGCUAUAUUUGCGGUAAUCACUGUGUCUGCAAUCAAGGCUGGAGGAUUGGCUCCCAUUUGGGAGGUUGCUCAAGAGCGUGGACGCGUGGAGUUCUUCGAAUUUUCGACGGAUCCAACUGUUCGUCACACUUGGUGGACACUGAUAAUUGGCGGCAUGGUCACCUACUUGUCGCUAUAUGGAGUCAAUCAAACGCAAGUGCAACGACUCCUAAGCGUUCACAACUUGAAGAGUUCCCAGUCGGCGCUGUGGUGGAAUCUGCCGAUUCUGGGAUUACUAAGCUUCAGCACCAUCUUCAGCGGCUUGGCAAUAUUUUAUUACUAUCGCGACUGCGAUCCUGUGCUCGAAGGACGCAUCAAAACUCGGGAUCAGUUAAUGCCACUUUUUGCUGUCGAUACAAUAAGUCAAUAUCCUGGAUUGUGUGGCCUCUUUGUUUCGGGUAUUUUUUCGGCCAGCUUAUCAACGAUAUCCUCGGCGGUUACUUCGCUCUCUGCUGUCACGCUGGAGGAUUAUUUGAAGCCACUGUACAGAGUCAUCUUUAAGCGACCGCUGAUUGAGUCGAAGUCCACAUUGCCCACAAAAAUCAUUGCCGCUAUCUUUGGAUUGAUGUGCAUUGCGUUGGCCUUUGGCGCUGGCUCCAUGGGUGGCGUUUUGCAAGCGUCACUAACAAUUUUUGGAGUAGUUGGCGGUCCAUUACUUGCUAUCUUCACUCUGGGCGUUUGCACUGUGCGCACCAAUCAACGUGGCGUUUUACUGGGCUUUCUCCUAGGCCUCGGCUUCUCUUUCUGGAUUGGUUUUGGCAGUCCUAAGCCGAUGCCAGAGCCGUUGCCUUUUAGCACCACAGGCUGUGUACAGAAUAAUAUGACCAAGAUAGUCGAGGUGGCCCAAGCGGCGCUGCACGCCACCAGCGUUGAUGAACCGCACUACUUUUGGCUGUAUCGAUUGUCAUAUCUGUGGUACUGUGUGUUGGGAUUCUUGGUGACAACAUUGAUUGGAUACUUUGGCAGCCUUAUAUUGGCGUAUUUCAACUACGCGGACAACUCGCAAGUUUAUGUGGAUAAACAACAAAAGCAUCUUGAUUACGAUCUGUUUGCUCCGAUACUGGCAAAUCGCUGGCGACGCCAGCAUCAAAAGCAAUUUGAUCCAACAGAUGUGUAUCACGAGGAGUCGCUGACGAAGUUAUCACCGUCAGCUGCUCCCUUAUAAUAAGUAAAAUUCAUUCAUUUGAAUUGAAAUUAAGUAUCAAGAGUAGGGGUUAAUGAGACGGCACGUGCUGUUACCGGGCGUCUGUCACAGUCUGGCGAGCAUGAGGUUGUCGUCUGAGUAAGCAGUACCUAAUAAGUGGAUAACAACGUGACCUAUUUGUAUACCUGCGAGUAACUUAUCAACGACUAAAGGCGACCAUAAAAGUCUUCCAUUUUGCAAAUGCAUAGAAACAAUAAUAAAAAGCAUAUUUAACUGUUAUCUAAACGAAUAGAUGGUGUAUGUGCUGAUGUGCCUCCUAGCUUAUAUGCUAUGGCUAUAUACCUCCAUACACAUAGAUGUAACGUUCCUUAUUGAAUAUUAGCACAAUCUUCAUUUAACUCAGGACUAUAGACAAUAAUAACGUUAGGGAUUGACAGCCGCAAUCUUCAUCGUUUUCUUGUUAAAUGAAUCUAAUACUUAAGUUCAUGUAGAAUUCAUGUUAAGUUAAUGAUGGUGGCAUUUUAAAACAUUAUACAAGCAUUAUAUACAAGAAUAAGAAUUGAUCAGCCUGUCAUUAUAAAUUAUAUACAUUAUAUUUACAAUUACUUAAGAGAACCAAACUAUAUUAAUAAUAUAUAUUUGAUGUGCAUGUACUUACAUAUGUGUAUACAAACUAUUACUAAGUAACAUUUUUGGCAACAUGUGCUGAAUAUUAAAUUGUUGUUGCUGCUUCAUUGUUGAA